AUGAAAGGAUAUUCGUGGAACCUUAAUCAUCGCAUUAUGAAAAUUCUAUUAAAGACAAUAGUCAAUCAAAUAAUCACCUAUGGAGCCACUAUCUGGGCCUUUCCCAUUACAGCAAGAAAAAAUCGGACCCUUAACUCAAUUCAAAGACCUUUCUUGAUCAAUAUUACUAGAUCAUUCUCAACAACCUCCAGCAACGCACUACAAACAAUAGCCGGGGUGACGCCACUACCAAUUCAAACAGAAAUCGACGCACUGUCCACAAUCAUCCUACAACUCAAGAAAACUUCGACGUACAACGGCGUAAUUUUCAAUCCACAUGAAUAUGAAGAAAAGCCAUCGAAAUAUAACAGACAUCCCGCUCUGGGUCUUCACAAUCUCCAUUGCAACCUCGACAAGCCACCUCCAUCAACUGAUUUUACUGCAUACACGGAUGGCUCAAAGAUCGAAAAUAAGGUAGGAAGCGGAGUCACCAUAAAAACAAAAACAGGCCUCCACUCCGAAUGGCAAGGUUACCUUCGGCCGCAAAACAGCGUAUAUCAAGCAGAGCUCAUAGCCAUACUAAACAGCAUUAUGCAACUUAAUGACUUAAAUACAGAUACCAUUCACGUAAUCACCGACAGUCAGUCUUCCAUACAUGCCAUCAAACAACAGCACACAAAUUCUCCUAUAGCUCGGCAAAUUCAAGACAUCAUAAACACAAGUAAUAAGAAAUUUGUCCUGUCAUGGACCAGAAGGCACAACGCCUUUGAAGGCAAUGAAAGGGCCGAUUAUCUAGCAAAACAGGCAGCUCUAGAACAAACAGGAUCUCAAAUUCAUAUCCCAUGGCCUAAAUCAGCAUUAAAAUACAAACUAAAACAAAUGGCGAAUGAAAAGUGGCAACGUCAAUGGAAACAAGGACCACAAGGACGACGUACAUUCGAACUACUACCCAAGGCUGAUGAAAAUACCACAAUUUCCACCUACUUCCUCACCCAGUACAUCUCGGGUCACGAUCCCUUCCCCAAGUAUUUUUAUGAUCGCAAUAUGGCUACGUCGGAUAGAUGCAUAUGCGGGGAAUGCGGAGACCCUGAACAUUACAUGUUUCAGUGUCCGCUAACGUCAGCCCAUUACAUUCGCCAUCCCACCGACACUGGAAUAGAAUUUAGAAGAUUCAUUAUUAAGCACCGUAAAGUUUUCCAAAACAUCAAAAAUAUUAUUGAUUUCUUACACCGCCAAGGACUGGACCUGUGUCAUCCAUAG